CUUUCGUGUUAUUCGCCAAUCAGAGCGAUCGGUUCUUCAUGCGGUGGCCCCACUUUUGACAGGUUAGGUUAGGUACCUGGGUACAUGGGUUUAACCGUUAAGUAAUCCGUAUCUCUAAUGUAGUACCCACUUAAGAGGGGCUUAUCUUAUCAGGAUUAUUUACUUCAAUGCCGUCGAGUCAUUCUUCUUUCCAUGAAAACGAGGGGCAGAUCAACUCUUCAACAUCCAUCUAAUCAAGCUUCGCAUAAAUCUGCUAUCGUACUACUAAAAUCACAACAGCGAGGAUCGAAUAGUCGCAGCCAUGGCGGAUCUAGCGGAAAGCACUGCCAAGCUGCAGCUUGAUGAGGAGACAGGGGAGAUGGUCUCCAAGGCAGAGUUGAAGAAACGGUUGAAGAAGCGCGAAAAGGCGAAGGCUAAGGAGGCUGCAAGGAGCGACGUGAAGAACGACGAGAAACCAAAGCCAGCACCGAAGCCCAAAGAUACAGCAGAAGAACCCGCAAUCGAUCCAAACAACAUGUUCAAGACAGGCUUCCUCGACGAAGUCUUCAAGAUAAGACCCAUGAAACCUGUCUUUACUCGUUUCCCCCCUGAGCCCAACGGUUUUCUCCAUAUAGGACACGCAAAGGCCAUCGCAGUGAACUUUGGCUUCGCCAGAUACCAUGGAGGCCAGUGCUAUCUUCGUUACGACGACACGAAUCCCGAAGCCGAGGAACAAGUUUACUUCGAUGCUAUUCUAGAAAUGGUGGAGUGGCUCGGUUUCAAGCCUUACAAGAUCACCUAUUCGUCCGACAACUUCCAGAAGCUUUAUGAUCUCGCCGAGAAGCUGAUAGAGCUCGAAAAGGCCUACGUCUGCCACUGUAGCGAUACCGAGAUUAAACUCCAGCGUGGCGGCGAAAAGGGAACUGCCGGGCCUCGCUAUCGUUGUAAGCAUGCCGAACAGUCUGUCGAGGAGAAUUUAAAGAAAUUUAGAGACAUGAGAGAUGGACAGUACAAGCCUCAGGAGGCGUUCCUUAGGAUGAAGCAAGGUUUCAUUACGGAUGGUAACCCCCAAAUGUGGGACUUAGCAGCUUAUCGAGUCCUUGAUAAACCGCAUUACCGCACUGGGGAUACCUGGAAGAUCUACCCAACCUACGACUUCACGCACUGCCUGUGCGAUUCAUUUGAGGGCAUCCUUUUGCGGCCACUGACGAUUGUCAACAAAGUCCAAAGCCGAGUCAGCUACGAGUGGCUCAAUAAGACACUCGGUGUAUACGAACCGAUGCAAAGAGAAUAUGGUAGAUUGUCAAUCUCCGGGACAAUCCUUUCGAAACGUAAAAUUUUGAAACUUGUAACAGAGAAGAUUGUACGAGGGUGGAAUGAUCCCCGUCUUUAUACGUUAAUCGGCAUCAAGCGUAGAGGUGUUCCACCCGGUGCUAUUCUGGAGUUUAUCAACGAGCUCGGCGUGACCACUGCGAACUCAAUCAUCGAGAUCAAGCGUUUCGAGCAAGCCAUCAGGAAGUAUCUAGAACGAACGGUGCCGCGGCUGAUGCUCAUUCUGGAUCCUAUCCCAGUAGUUAUCGAAGAUGCCGACGACCUCGAUGGAAAGGGUCUUACGUUCCCCUUUAGUCCGAAAGACCCCAAGAUGGGCUCCCACGAUGUCACAUUUAGCAAGACUAUUUACAUCGACCGCUCAGAUUUUAGAGAGGAUGCAGACCCGUCAUUCUUCCGCCUUGCUCCCGGAAAGACUGUCGGACUUCUCCAAGUACCGUAUCCGAUAAAGGCAGUAUCGUUUACAAAAGACGACGCAACUGGAAAGGUGACGGAAAUCCGAGCUGUAUUUGAUAAGGAGACGAAGAAACCAAAGGCGUAUAUUCAGUGGGUUCCAACCGAGGCAGCUGGUACUCGAAAAGCGGAAGUCAGAAUAUACAACUCCUUAUUUAAGUCUAACAACCCGAAUGAGGCACCGGGAGGAUUCUUAAACGACAUCAACCCUGAGAGCGAGGUGAUCUAUCCGAACGCGUUGGUCGAGUCUGGAUUCGAUGAAAUUAAGAGAAGAGCACCGUGGCCAGAAGCGGCAGGUGAAAGCGAGCUUGGUAAGGGAGGACCUGAGAGCGUCCGUUUCCAGGCAAUGCGCAUCGCAUACUUCGCGAUGGACUCUGACUCUACGGACGACCACAUCAUUCUCAACAGAAUCGUAGCGCUGAAGGAGGAUGCCGGAAAGAGCUGAAUUGGUUUUUAGCGAUAAAUGAAUCUUGAUACCUAGAGGGGAGGAAAGCGGGGGGUUGUGAACGGGGAUAUGAAUAGGAAUAGGUAGUAGAUCGGUGGUAGCGCGCCUAGCUCUUAUAUAGGAAUGCGAAUGCGUAAUAAAGCUCAACCGUGUUGGUCAGCCGUGUUAAUCAGUGCGUCCAUGUGGUAGAUGGACGCAU